AUGUCGGAAACUCUGCAUGCUGAUGUCUUUAUCCAAAAAGUACAGAGCAAGAGGAUCGGGGGAAGGUACUCAUUGAUUAGCAAGCUUGGUGAAGGCGGCUUCGGCGCUGUGUAUCUUGGUCGAGACUCCAAUACUGGCUCUGAUGUAGCUUUGAAGUUGGAGCAUAAGUCCGUGGCACCAUCAAUCUUACAGGAAGAAUCACGAAAGUAUGAGGCAUUCCAAGGGCUGAAAGGGUUUCCUAGAGAGUACUGGUAUGGUUGGCACGAUGAUUACAAAGUUAUGGCCUUUGAACUGCUCGGACCCAGCCUUGAAGACCUCCUCGUAUUUUGUGGCGGCCGCUUCUCUCUGAAAACGACUCUUCUUCUCGUGGACCAGCUCUUAACCAGGCUGGAGACCCUACACUCGAAAAACGUAGUCCACCGCGAUGUCAAGCCUCAGAACUUCUUACUUGGAUGCGGACGUAAUGGCAGUGUGGUACAUGUCACCGACUUUGGCCUGGCUGAUGAGUAUAUCGAAGGGCACAACGACACUGCCACGGGAACGCCGCGACGCAGUUGUUUGACUGGCACAGCAAGGUUUGCCAGCAUUCGAGGGCAUGAGGGUCGAGUCCAGUCGCCGGGAGACGAUUUGGAAUCCCUUGCUUAUAUGAUGGUGUACUUCAUGCAUGGCAGUCUUCCGUGGCAAGGGUUAAGGGUGCAUUGCAUGGGCGAGAAAGAGAAAGCAAUAAUGGAGAAGAAGAUCACCAUACCAGCUGAAGAGCUGUGUCGAGGAUUAAAUGAAGUGUUCGUCACGUUCGUGAAGCACGUAAAGUCUCUACAAUCUGCAACGCAACCGGACUACGCCAUGCUGAGAGAGAUGUUUCGAAGUGUGGCGGCGAAGGAAUCUGUAGAAUACGAUGAUGUCUUCGACUGGACUGUGCGCGUGUAUAAUGAGAAUGGAGGGGGUUUGUAG